AUGGCUGAAUCCGACAAGAAAGAGCAAAACCCCAUGAAGGAGCUUCGCAUCCAGAAGCUCGUUCUUAACAUCUCCGUCGGAGAGUCUGGUGACAGACUUACUCGUGCCGCAAAGGUGUUGGAACAAUUGAGUGGUCAAACUCCAGUCUACAGCAAGGCCCGAUACACCGUCCGAACCUUCGGUAUCCGUCGUAACGAGAAGAUUGCUGUGCACGUCACCGUCCGUGGACCAAAGGCUGAGGAAAUCUUGGAGCGUGGAUUGAAGGUCAAGGAAUAUGAGCUCCGCAAGCGCAACUUCUCUGAGACCGGUAACUUUGGUUUCGGUAUCAGCGAACACAUCGAUCUCGGUAUCAAGUACGACCCAGCGAUCGGAAUUUACGGAAUGGAUUUCUUCUGCUGCAUGACCCGUCCUGGAGAGCGUGUUGCCAAGCGCAGACGUGCAAAGUCCCGUGUCGGUACCAGCCACAAGAUCAAGCGUGAGGAGACUGUCAAAUGGUUCAAGAACAGAUUCGAGGGUAUCGUUCGAUAA